AUGCAGUUGGUCUUUACAAGAAACAUGUGGUUGCUGAGCUGCUUCCUAGUGCUGCUGCUGCCAUCCUUCUCAUGGCAAGAACACCACCACAAGCUGCUUCUAGUGUCUUUCGAUGGUUUCCGCUGGGACUAUGUGAACAGGGUUCCUACCCCCAAUUUCCGUGCUCUUAUGGACGAGGGAGUCCAGGUGGAGCGGGUGGAGAACAUCUACAUCACCAAGACCUUCCCUAACCACUACACGUUAGUAACAGGCCUGUAUGCAGAGAGCCACGGCAUUGUAUCAAAUGAAAUGUAUGACCCAGUUAUGAACCGUUCCUUCUCAAUUGAGGGACCAGAAGAGUCUGAUUCUCGAUGGUGGGAGAAAGCAGUUCCACUUUGGGUAACCAAUCAGAUGGCUGGAAAAAAGAGCGGGGCUGCUAUGUGGCCUGGAUCAGAUGUGGAGAUUGGUGGAACAUAUCCCACCUCUUAUAUGCCAUAUGAUGCGUCUAUGCCCUUUGAGAUGCGGGUAGAGAAGCUCAUAAACUGGUUCUCAGGUCCAGAUGCGAUUGAUUUUGGAGUUUUGUACUGGGAAGAGCCUGAUGAGAGUGGUCAUAAUUUUGGGCCGGAGAGCUCGCUUAUGGAUGUAGUCAUUAAGGACAUUGAUAAUAAACUAGGCUUUCUUAGAGAUGAGCUAAAGAAGGUGGGACUUUAUGAUAAAAUCAACCUCAUUGUCACAAGUGACCAUGGAAUGACACAGCUAUCACAAGAUAAGGUCAUUGAACUGGACAUCUAUGUGAGUCGAGACCUUUACACGUUGAUAGACAAGAGCCCAGUGGUGGGGAUUCUGCCCAAAGAAGGUAAAUUAGAUGAGGUGUAUAGUUUGUUGGAGAAUGCCAAUCCUAACAUGCUUGUGUACAAGAGAGAAGACAUCCCUGAUCACUUCCACUACAAACACAACGUCAGGAUCAUGCCGAUUAUUAUAGAGGCUAAAGAAGGCUGGACAAUUGUGCAGAACAGAACUGGAUCCUUUAUGUUGGGCAACCAUGGCUAUGACAACCACCUACCCAGCAUGCACCCUGUCUUUGUUGCUCGCGGCCCAUCGUUCCGCACAGGUUACACCAAGGCCUCAAUGCGCUCAGUGGACCUCUAUCCUCUCAUGUGCAGCAUCCUUGGCAUUCAACCACAACCCAACAACGGGUCACUCAUCAGUGUGCGGGAUCUGCUGGUGGAGUCACCCACGCCUAGACACUUGCCUCCAUCUGUAACCAGGGAGCCCUCUCACGCCUGGGCUGUGGGCACACUACUGGGUAGUGUCCUAGUUCUGGGUUUUCUCAUCAUUUUUGUGAAGAAGGUGACAGAGAGGCAGCUUCCUCCUCUGCCUUUCACCAACAGGGAGAUCUCUCAGCCCUUACUGCAGGAGGAAUUGCGCCUUUAAUGAUAAAAUAUUUUACGAUUUAUUUUUUAUUUAUAUAUGGCAAAGAUGAAGCUUGCUUCCAAAGUCAGAGGCACUUGGAAGCAUGUAGCACUUCUCUCUGGUGCUCCACAGUCUGUUUUACCUUCUAAUCGUUUUCUGUCAUUUAAAUUGAAACUAAAUUUGCUUUCAUUUAUGUACCAGUCAGACAGACACAUAUUGCCAUAUCAUCGUUUUUAUUAGUGGUGCCACAUCUUGGUAUAUAAAUUGAGUGCAGUUUGGCAAGAGAAGCUACCAGCAAGCCAGUUAAUUAAAUUCACGAUGUCCUCUGCUGGCAAAACUGGUCUUCUAUUUCUGAAUUCUUGUGACCCAUAUAUUUCUUGAGUAGGCAUGUCACAAGUAUUACAUUAUUGACUGAUUGCAAAUAUUUAAGCUCGUUUAUCAGGAUUCUCAUGUGCUUUACCUUUCACACUACAAACAAUACUGCCAA